CUUCAUUUAUGGAACUUUGCCGGCGCAUGUGUGACGCAAAACGUCAAAUGACGAUGAAGUUGACGUGCACCCCGAUUGGCUGAAAUCCGUUUCCGGUUGCGCAGCCGCUGAUUUCAAAAGUUUUCGGUUGAAUCCCGCCGCCAUUGUUAAAAGACUGCACCCACAAUGUUUGUUAUGGGGGAAUAACAAACGUUUAAGGAGAACCGCUGCUUCUUUGGGGGAGUCCUUACCAACAUCCAACAUGGCCCAGCGCGUGGCAGUCUCCGAUGGAACGAACAAGAAGGCGGCCAGGAUUCGGGUCGCGGUCCGACUUCGCCCCUACAUGAACAAACAAGACGAGAAAGGCGAGGGCCCGUGCGUGCGGGGCCUCGAUUCCCAAAAUCUUGAGAUAGUUAACUGGAGAAACGCCACCGAAACCGUGAAGUACCAUUUUGAUGUUUAUCACGGCGAACAGACGACACAGCUACAGGUUUUCCUUGCGUCGGUAAAGCCCAUCAUUCCUCAUAUUUUGACCGGGCAAAAUGCCAGUGUGUUUGCUUAUGGGCCAACAGGAGCAGGGAAGACUCACACCAUGUUGGGCAGUGCACAGCAGCCCGGUGUGAUCCCCAGGGCUGUGCGUGAGGUAUUUAACUUGGUUAAAGUCAAAGAAGAAGAGGACGAUGGCUGGGACUACAGCGUUGGCAUGUCUUACUUGGAGAUUUAUAAUGAGAAGGUGCUCGAUCUCCUUGCACCAGGCUCCCAAGAUUUGCCGAUCCGAGAAGACAAGGACAAGAAUAUUCUUAUUCCAGGCCUCACCCAUACAGUACUUGCUACCUUUGCGGACUUUGACAAACAUUUUCAUCCGGCCAGUUUGAAUCGUACGACUGCUUCAACUAAACUCAACCAGAGGUCCAGCCGGAGCCAUGCGAUCCUCCUUAUUAAGGUUGUUCGGACACAGCGUGCUCUUCCCCACCGUCAGCAAACAGGGAAGCUCUAUUUGGUGGACCUGGCUGGUUCAGAAGACAACCGACGCACUGGCAACCAGGGGAUUCGAUUAAAAGAGAGUGGUGCCAUCAAUCUGUCGCUCUUUACUCUGAGCAAAGUAGUUGACUCACUAAACUCGGGCACGGCGAUUCGCGUGCCCUACAGAGACAGCAAACUGACCAGAUUGCUUCAGGAUUCACUCGGUGGCUCCGCACAUUCUGUAAUGAUCACAAACAUUGCCCCGGAGUACAAGUACUACUUCGACACCUUCAGUGCACUCAACUUUGCAGCCAAAUCCAAACAAAUUGUCAACAAACCCUUCACCCGGGAAACGUUGAUUGUUCCUUCAGUGAAGCGAGCGCGAGACGAACCGGAAUCUGGGCGCUCUGAUGCUGAACCCCAGAAGAAGAGGCAGAAAGAAGAAAAGAAGACGGAGCAGGCCUCAUCGUCGUCUCAUUUGCACAGCCCAACAGAACCAUCAGUAAUGGAUCGUCUUGUCGCUUUGGAGAAGCUGAUGAUGAGCUGCCAGGACAGGGACCGACUCAGUAUGUUGAAAGAUGGUGCCCAGAAAGAGAUCCAGGAGCUCAAGGAGAAACAAAGGGAGUUGGAAAGCAAGGCCAAGUUGUUGACUCAAAUGCCUGGAAGCAAGUCAAGUGCUCGCAUUGACCCCAGUUUCAGAAACGACUCGCUUCCUCUUCAAAAGAAACAGUCCACGGCAGCAAAGGUCACGAAGCAACAGGCUGUGGUCCAACCGCUUCAAGUUGUGCAGCUACAGCCACUUCGUGAUGUGGUCAAUAAACAUUCAGUCUGCAUCAAGAAGAAGAAGAAGCUUUCAGAGCCCAUGGAGGCUGAAGGUAAAGAGAACAUGAGCCAGAACUGCUGGGAGUCCCAGUUCAACACCUCUGUAGUGGAGCAGUCCCGUCAGAAGAUCCUGCAGAUCUUGAACAGUGGCUCGAUCAAAGAGUUGAAGAGUCUGCAGCAGAUUGGUGACAAGAAGGCCAAACUCAUCCAAGGCUGGAGAGAGCUGAAUGGUGAUUUCAAAACGGUAGAGGAGUUGAUUAAAGUUGAGGGAAUGACAGAGAAGAGGUUCUCUUCCUUCAUGAAGGCAAACGUCCUGAGCACUAUGGGGAACUGAGUCCUUCGCUCCAGACAUGUAUAUAAUUUAUGUAUUUGUUCUUAAUCGUGAUUUUUUUUUUUUUAUUCUUGUUUUAUGUUUUUGUAGUAACUGUGCUCAAACAGUGGGUGGCGUACUGCUUCUUUUACAAUAAAACACAU